AUGAGUUACUUAAGAGGUACUUUAGUAGGGAAAGGAAGAACUUCAUCAGUCCUGUCAUCUGUUCCUUUACAGAUUCUACUUUACGUAAAUGGGAUUUAUUACAUCUUUUACUUCUUGGCAACUCUUGCAAUGAUUGUUUAUAAAAGUCAAGUUUUCAGUUAUCCAGAUGACUUUUUGGCUCCUGAUCUUGCCUUGCUUUUCAUUAUGGCCAUCCUUGAAGUGCUCCGAUUAUACUUGGGUUCAAAGGGUAACCUGACAGAAGAAGAGGCUCCAUUAGGGCUCAGUCUUGUGAUCACGGUUGGAAGUGUGAUUCUGUCUGUGUAUUUCCUGAUGUGGCAAACCUACGUGCUGAAAGCAGACGUCAUUAUAAACGCGAUUCUUCUCUUCACAUACGGGCUUGAGUCAGUACUAAAGGUCAUAGCUGUUGCUGCUUUUGUCAGCUAAACCCUAGCAGUUUUCAACACGUUCUCAACACAUUUGUUCUAUAAAAGACUGGGUUUAUAUUUCAAAUAUGUAAUUCUUUUGCAUAGAAAAAUCCUGUAAAACUUUCCUCUGUUUAAAAUACAAGUUUUUGAGGGGCAGAGAUAUCCCUGAGUGGUAGGUAAAAUAUCCUGUCUAGCAGCUGUGUUACACUACCUCAUCAGUUAGCUUAUUUAUGGGCAAAGGCAAAAGAUGAUUCAGCAAAAACGCUUAAUGCUGUGGUAUUCAUCAGGGAUCGAUACGAAAUGCUUAUUCCCGACACAGGAUAGUAGCCAGUGCAUCAUCUGGCUGCAUGCUGUUGAGAUGAUGUGAGUUUUCAUGGCAUAGCAGCAACGCACAACCAAAGUGACACAGAAACGAAUCAGGCCAAUGUAGUACGGACUCGUUUCUGCCUUACCACAUACACUUUCGUGUUUGAGGGCACAGUUUCUCUUCUGCUCUCAUUUGUCUUUUCAGACCCCAGUGGUAAUUUCCCUGACUUUAGUAGGGCAGUACCUGAUUUAUCCCAGUGGGAGAGAGUUGAAUUGAGUUUUGCGCAUACCCGGAGAGCUGAGCUACAGGGUUUCGGCAGCUGGUUCUUACUGACGCAGAGGCCGAAGGCAGUAGUGUGAGGUAUGUUCGUUUAAGUACGGUGGCCUUAAGAUGAGCAUAAACAUUCACCAUUCGCUCACCCUUCUGUCCUAUUUAAGAGUCCAACAGAAUGUUGUCAGGUGUAUUUCUACUUGGUGUUAAAUGUGUUUAUUGCCAUGAUUCUGCAAAAAUUACUACACUCAAGCUUUGUCUUUUAAAUGAAGACCUGUGUGCAAUUUCAGGU